AUGAUGAAUGAACUGCCGAUGGCGCUGAUAAAGUAUCUGUUGCAUUUGACAGGUAUUGGUGUUGUAAGUUAUGUAACUGUAGCAUUACUUAUCCCUCUUAUCGGACGUCGUAUGCCCGCUAAGCUCUCGGGUAAAGAUUUAUGCAAACGAGGCACUCCAGCGGGAGAUCUUCCAAUUCCCGAAGCUCUAGGAAUUGUCUCAGGAAUCGUGUACAUUGCAGCGCUAAUUGUGACGGUGGUCAUUGUUGUGGACAAUUCCGACGUGAAGCGCAUGAUGGUGUGGGGGAUCAUUAGUAUCCUGUCCAUGAUCUUGCUGGGCUUUACCGAUGACUUGUCAGAUUUACGUUGGCGUCACAAAUUGUUGUUCCCACCGCUAGCGUCGCUAGCGCUGUUGAUCAAUUACGCUGGACUUACGGCUGUGGUGCUGCCCAAGCCUGUGCGCUUUUUGUUCGCGAAGGACAAAAUGCUGUACACGAUGUUGAAUCCUGUCGUGCCACUCAGUGAUGGGGGAGAGAUUAUUGAGCUUGGUCUUUUUUACUACUUGUACAUGGGUAUGAUGGCAGUCUUUUGCACGAACGCAAUUAACAUCUAUGCGGGUGUGAAUGGGCUGGAGGCAGGACAGUCCUUUGUAAUUGGCGCUGCUGUUGUCGUGCAGAAUGUGUGGCAAAUUCUACUGGGCCAUGACAACGAGAACUUUCACUACCUGUCGCUCAUGUUCAUGGUACCCUUCCUGGCGACAACGCUUGGUCUUUUGAGACACAAUUGGUACCCGUCACGCGUCUUUGUCGGAGACACGUUCUGUUACUACGCUGGUAUGACGUUUGCAGUAUGUGGCAUCCUGGGUCACUUCAGCAAGACCCUUUUGCUUUUCUUUCUGCCACAGGUCCUCAACUUCCUGUACUCGAUCCCGCAGCUGUUCAAGAUUGUUCCUUGCCCGCGUCACCGGCUGCCAAAGUAUAACGCAAAGACUGGUUUAUUAGAGCCGUCUACUAUUACGCCCGAGUCCACACGAUCCAACUACACGAUUAUCAAUCUGUUCCUUGUAGUGUUUGGACCCAUGAAGGAGGUGCACCUUGUUUUAGCAUUGCUUGCGUUUCAGGUUCUGUGCUGUGGUCUGGCCUUCUUCAUUCGCUAUGGGAUCAGUGGUUACUUCUACGACUUUGUGCAGUAG